CAACCUUCCAAAGAUCGAGAUGUACUCCUUGGUGUUCUCCCUCACAGCUAUGGCCUGUUUGGUCCUGGCAAGCAGCCUCGACUUCUACCAGUGUCAGCCGUGCAGAGGAGAGGAGUGCAACGUGGAACCUGAAGGCUGCAAGUAUGGCAUCUCAAGGGAUCCUUGUGGAAGGAUGCAGUGCAUGGCCGGACCCGGACAGCGGUGCGGAGGACGGGACAGCCAUCUUGGGAAGUGCGGCGACGGAAUGACCUGCAAGUGCGGCAAGUGCAGGGGAUGCAGCAUCGACAUGUUGAGCAUGGGCAUUAUAGAAUGCGAUGCCAACACCGCUCCUGUCUGCUACUGAAAAGAAAACAUCUGAUUGACCAAUUUUAAAUAAAUAUUUUCAUUAUCAUAAUCGAUUAAUUCAUUUUCUUACCCAUGCUUCGCACUGAUAGAAUUCCUUCUUCGAAUCUAUUUAUAAGCUAAU